CGUGUGUUUAGGAAGAAAUCCCCUCUCGCGAGUGCCAAGCGUUAGUUUAAGGUCUGCAGCUGACAGGGCAGUGUCUUAUGUGACUGUGAGGCGUUAACAUCUGGUUACAAGGAUCCGUUUCUGUGGAUAUUUUCAUCAUGCAAACAGUUGUCUUUAUCUGUUUUCUGGUCACAUUGCUGUACCUUGUGUCGUGUUGUGAUGAGGACACACAUUACUGGAAGCAAGAUAAAUGCUGCAAGAAGUGUGGACCAGGUAAGAGGAUGCUGAAGGAUGACAACUGUGACGACCCACGCUGUCAGGACUGCCUGGACGGAGAGUAUCAGAGCGGCUUCACCAGCGACACCAAAUGUGAACGCCAGCCCAGCUGUGACCCCAAUUUACAUUUUCAGCCACAAAUGAAUCCCAGUAAGACCAGUUUAAGCAAAUGUCAGUGUGAAGCUGGAUACUACUGUACGCAAGAAGACGACUGUGACACUUGUAGGAAACGCACAGUUUGCAAGGCAGGAGAGAAAAUCCUCAUAGAAGGUUCACAGUUUGGCGAUACUGUGUGUGAGCCAUGUAAAAAUGGAACAUUCUCCACCCAUGAGUCAGCUGUCACUUGCAAGGAAUGGACAAUAUGUGAACAUGGAUUUGAUAAAAACGCUCCUGGCAGUUCAACCUCAGACCGAAUCUGUGUGGAUGAUAGACGCGCUCACAGAGGUGCAGUUGUGGUUGGAGUUGUAGCACUUCUGCUCAUCUUAAUUGGAAUUGCUGCAACAUUAUACUUCACAAAAGGAAAUAAAUGCUGGAAAGAGCUCCACAAACACUUCAAUAAAGGAAGAUCGCAUGAACAUCUAGAUGUUGAGAAACCAAUCUAUCAACAGCCUGUGGAGGUCGAUGAACCCGUGAGCCCCUCACCAAGUAACGUGACUGAAAAUGGAAAUGUUGUAGAACAAGAGAGGGGCAAAGAACCUGUCUAUCCAAGUGCUGAAUCAAAUUCAUAUUCAUAUUCAUAUUCAUAGAGCAAAGUCUUCUACAAAGUACAGAUAGCUGUCCUCCCAUCAUGUUACAACCAUCAACAUAUAGAGCAUUACAUUGGGAAGCACUGCUUUACUCUAAGGCCUGGUUCACACGGGACGAUUUUAAAAUUGUCGGCCGAUUUUCCAAAUAUGAGAGACCCCACACACAGCGAUAAAAAAUCACGGAUCUAACAGUUUUGGUCGUUCCGUGUGUGGUGUGCAGCCACACGGCAAAAUCAACACAUCACACACGAACCGAUUUGACUCCCGAGCAUUCCCAGGUCAGACUGGAAAUCUCGCAAAAUCCCUCGAGAUCAAACGUGACUUUAGAGUAAACAAUCAUGGCGGACGAAGAGGAUGCAGUGGUCAUAGUUUGUGCUUUGUUUUUAACGGGAAAAAACAUAAGAAAAACAAGAAAAGGCGAUGGUCAAAGAGGUGGAGACAACGCGAGCAUGGACUAUACUUGCUAUAUCAUAAUAUGGAGAUAAGUUGUUGUUUUAUCUCAUAGAAAUGUUGUUACGUACUACACAGAUUAAUAACCGUUGAAAUAAACGUUCAUAUAUUCGUUUCCAUGUACUCUGGUGGACUGCAGUUGUGGAUGUAGUUAUGCCCAUCGACUUUAUUUGUAUUUGUUAUAUUAUAUACGCCGGCUGUUUUGAUUUUGUUUCCCGGUACUAUCACUGCCUCGUCACCUCGCUUUCUGAUUGGCUACACCCACAGUCCACAGGCUGCGUGAUUGUUUGUCCUCGGGGGACACCACAAACGAGAAGAAAUCGGGCCAAAUAAAUCCAACAUGUUGGAUAUCCCCGAUUUGAGAUCGGAGCGGUCCCGACAUUCUUCCGAGCAGAGGAGAGCAGUCUUAACACACCACACACGGCAGGAAUAUUUGAUCAGAUUAUUUUACGAUAAUCGGAGCAUCCUAAAAUUGUCGGAAGGGGUGAAUCGGGGCUAAAAUCGGUCUAAUUAUCCUGCCGUGUGAACCAGCCUUAAGUUUCCCAAAAGCAGCAUUUCUCUUACACAGUUAUGACUGAAACAGUAGCUAUACAUCUUGAGCUUUGUUUUUUUUUAAACAUAUAAAUAGAAAAUAAUUAUUGCUGCUGAAAACCUUUGCCGUUGUAUCGUUACUUGCAUCCUGCGAUUGCUACGAAAUGCUGCAUACCCUCCAUGCAUUCAACACUAGUGCUGAAUAGAAGAGCAAGAAAGAAAAGAAGUGAACAUUCCCUCAGUAUGAUAAGAAAAAGUCUCACAGCAACACCAAUGUGAUACACACAUGCAUCUCGAUGCUUGGCACUUUAUAUUCAGGAUGGCACACUUUGAAGGUUAUUCAGUUAAUGUUUUCCUAAAUGCUUGUAUAACUUAAAAAUGACGUGUCCGUAAGGAUUGAAAAUAAUGUGCUGCAGAAGUGUGAGAUCAUGUAUUCAUGUAUAUUAUGUUUUAAAUGUUUUGUCUGAGAUCAAGAUAACAAUGACAUUUCAACUGUUAAAUGUUGUGGAAGCUCGGUUGCUUUGUAUUUUGUGUAAAUAUUUCUUUUGUACAUAAGCAUUGUUGUGAAUGUUGUGUUGUACUGUGAAAUGAUUUGUAAUUCUCUGUAUAUAUUAAAUAUUUCUUGAUUCUCCCUGAAUACUAA